GCCAGUGGUAGAUUACAGGUGCUCUUCGAAGUCAAAAUUACAUUUUUAAUCUUGGUAAUCGGUCUCCCUCCACCUUAAAUCUUGAUUAGCGUAUUUUACACCUUCCAAUAACCUGCAUGGUGGUUGGCUGAGAGGCAAUCACCCCACCGCGGUGAAACAAAAACGCUACGCUCCACAUCUAGGAGGAACAGCGACGGGAGCGCAUGGCCUCUGCACACACUGCUUUCUUACAUUUUGUGAUUGAACAGGCUAUUUUAACAACAGUGGGCGCGGGACGUAGAGGCUGUGGAGGAGGUGGACCGGUGCAAUGAUGACGGAUAAAUCUGUGAAAGACGUUGACAGAUACCAGGCUGUCCUCAACUCGUUAGUAUCGCUAGAGGAGAAUAAAUUUUGCGCUGACUGCGAAUCCAAAGGUCCGAGAUGGGCAUCCUGGAAUUUGGGCAUUUUUAUCUGUAUCCGCUGUGCCGGUAUCCAUCGAAACCUGGGGGUUCACAUCUCCAAGGUUAAGUCCGUCAACCUGGAUCAGUGGACACAGGAGCAGGUCCAGUGUGUCCAGGAAAUGGGAAAUACCAAGGCCAAACGUCUUUAUGAGGCUUUCUUACCUGAGUGCUACCAGCGCCCUGAAACAGAUCAGUCUGCAGAGAUCUUCAUCAGGGACAAGUAUGAUAGAAAGAAGUACAUGGAUAAGGUCAUUAACAUCCAGAUGCUCAGAAAAGAAAAGAGCUGUGAUAACAUACCCAAGGAACCAGUUGUGUUUGAGAAGAUGAAAUUGAAAAAAGAUAUCAGCCCGAAAACAGUUUCCCAUUCUGUUACAGACCUGCUUGGACUAGACAGUAACGCAACACAGAGCCCAGCUGUGCCUAAUCCACCUCUGUCUCACUCUGCCCUGGAUCUCUUCAGCUCUCUGCCAACACCCUCAUCUGUUUCCUCCACGAAAACAACGCCUGUUUCCAGCUCUAUGCCUCAGAGUAGAGUGACAGCCUCUGUGCCUGAAAAUCUCAGUCUGUUCCUGGAUAUGGCGCCCAAAGCAGAAGGCACUGUCAAGAAACUGUCCAAGGAUUCUAUUCUCUCCCUGUAUGCUUCCACCCCCUCUGUGCAUGCUAGCAGUAUGGCUAAUCACGCAGGCUUGUACAUGAACCAAAUGGGAUACCCAACACACCCGUACGGGUCCUACCAUUCUUUAUCCCAGACAUGUGGAAUGAGAGGUGCCAUGGUGACAUCACAGAUUGCCAUGAUGAGACAGCAACAAAGCAGCAUGAUGGGGGUUCAACAAAACAGUAUGAUUGAAGUACAACAGAAUGGCAUGAUGGGUGCCCAGGGUGUUACGGCUCAGCCCAGUGGCAUGGUUGCAUCAUCCUACAUGACAGGGAUGAGCCAGGGCAUGAUUGGACAGCAGCAGCAUGGCAUUAUGGGACAGCAGCUGAGUGGGAUGAUGGGACAGCAGCAGGUUGGAGGUUUAACCACAUUACCCCACCAGCAGGUUUAUGGAGCGCAGCAAUCCCAGCAGCUACAGUGGAACAUUUCCCAGAUGACUCAGCACAUGGCCGGCAUGAAUCUUUACAACACCAACGGCAUGAUGGGAUCAAGCAGUCCCCACAUGGGAGGUUCAACAAAUCCAAGUUCAGUGCAUAUGACAGCACACAUCUGGAAAUGAACUCAUCUAUCCAAGAAGUGAUUAACCACCAAUAACCCACAAAAGAGAGGGGAAAUGAGUUUUAGGGGUCUAUGGAUAGGACUCUCCAUUUGCAUUUUCUAAUGCAAGGGAGUGAGAGAACGAGGAGACAGGUUUGAAGAAGGAUGGUUUGGGAAACCACUACUACCUCUUUUUCUCUCUCCUCUCUCCCCAAUGCUUCCUCUUCUUGACUCAUCAUUGGCCAUUAUUUGCCGAUUUCCAUGCUUGCCUUCAAAACAUUUUGGUAUGACGACCAAGACAACAGUUCAGAGGCCAGUGGUUAGGGCAACUCAUCCUCCUCUGUACCUAUAGCCUGUAUGUGAGGGUGUUCACAUGCACGCACAUCUGCUGUAAGUGAGUGUCAACUAACUACUUGACUUAAAAUAACAGUUUGGUUUCCGGAGAAUUGUACUGUUUUUUCCUACUUGGUCAGAGUCAGAAAAACAUUUUUUUUUCAUGGUAGGUAAGAAUGGGGUUAGCCUAGCUUAGCUUUACUUGUUGAUGUUGUUGCUAUUUAUUGGAGUUAGUAUAGUAUUCCCUCUUAAAGCAGGAAAUAUUUAUUGUUGCAUGGCUAAGGCAUUUUAAUAUAAUAUAUAUUAUAUUACAGGGGAAGUAAUGGGUCCCUAGUUUUGCAGAGUAGACAGAAGCUGUGUUAUUCUUUAUUUCAAGCUGACUCAUUUUUAAAUAAGAAUCCUCAAGAGGGAUCUUGAAUAUGCUUUUGAUGGCUACAUAUGAUAAACUUUAUCAGACAAAAAGACCUCAUUUCUAGUCAGACCUCAAAUUUAAAGAUAUCAGACCUUUCAUUCGAACAUAACAAUUUUUACUUGAUUAGCUUAAAUACAUUUUCUUUAAUAUUUUCAAACAGUAGGCCAAUGGUUUUUUUAAUAUUACUAUAGAAAAGGCUUUAUUAAUCACUGUGUUAUGCUAAGUAAAGCUAUAUCAAAUAAAUAAUUUGACUGGAAGGCUGCACGGUGGUGUAGUGGUUAGUGCUAUCGCCUCAGUUUGCAUGUUCCCCCCGUGUAUGCGUUGGUUCUCUCCGGGUUCUCCGGCUUCCUACCACAGU